UCGCGUAGCAGUUCAGUCGCAUCGUAGCCGACGUAACGGCUACGCGUCUACGUUACCGCUACGAGAAAUUCAGACCGUUAAAUGGACUAUUCAAAUGCUCUAUUAUUUUAAACGUGAAAUAUUUUUAUGAACUGAGUGUUGAAUAUUAUGAAAAUAGUCUCAGAUAUUAUGUUUCUUGUGCUUUUGGAUAUUUAUGAUUAGAAGUUUCCAUGGAUGAAGAUGCGCAUAAAUUCAUUUCCAACCUCUCUCUGGAGACGUUGUUAUCUUAACAACUGUAGAUGAAUACACAAAUGUCACCAUGAUGGAUCGUAAGUUCACACAUGUGCUGAUGGCGGCGCUCGCCGUACACGUAAUUAGUGCCAGAGUGAUGUGCCCUAGUCACCCUAACUGCGUUUGUGGCGGCACGUUCGCUAUUGAACUGAACUGCAACAUCGAUGGUCGGAUAGUAAAAAUAAACUUACUACCAAGUACGUACAUAAAUAUUAAAUGUGAGAAUACAACAACUCUAGAUUAUAGCCAGCUACCAAAAUGUGCCAACGGAACGAGUACAUUCAAAUCAGUCAGUUUUAAGGACUGCCCAUUACCGAACAAUUCAUUCAAGGAUAUUUUAAUGCAAAUUGGAGUCUCUAAGACAAUGUCACUAAUAUUUCAAAAUGCAAAGGAGCUUUCUGGAUAUUUUGAUAGAAAACAUUUCGCAGGCUUGCAAGAUUUGACGAAGCUACUUCUUUCAGUUAACGGUAUUACACAUUUACCGAACAAUUUAUUUGUGGAUAUUCAUAACUUAACAUGGCUUAAUAUACGAUGUAAUAAUAUUAAGCUGUCCGAAGAGUUAUUUAAACCGCUCGAAAGAUUAGAGACCUUAGAAAUAAGUCACAACCACAUGACAAAUAUGUCCUCGAAUCUAUUUUCUCAUUUAUCUCUAUUGAGAAAACUGUCUCUAUGGCAAAGUAAUGUGACAAGGUUUUCGAAAGAUUUCUUCUCGGGUGUAGACGUUCUUGAAGAAUUGGAUUUAAGUUCUAAUGGACUUAACGAACUUCCGACAUCAAUAUUUAAGCCAUUAAGAAAAUUAAAGAAACUUACGCUAUUUUCCAACAAGUUUUCUACUUUACCGCAAAAUCUAUUUUCAACCAAUAACAAGUUGGAAACUGUAAUCAUUCUGAACAACGACGUUAAAAUGAAAGAACUGCCAAAGAACCUGUUUGGAAAUUUGCAAAACUUAAAGCAAGUAUACAUUCAGAGAAGCGGAAUAGAAAUUAUACCUUACGAUAUUUUUACAAAUUCAUCUCUCAUAACAAACAUAUCUUUAGCAUUUAAUGAUAUUGCAAUAAUACCAGAGUCAACUUUUAACGAUCAAAUAAACUUGUUAGAACUGGAUUUAAGUCACAAUAAGUUGAGAAACUUAGAGUCCAAAUUGUUUUCAUCAUUAGUACGACUGGAGAAAUUGGAUUUAUGUUAUAAUUCAAUUGAAGAAGUUUCAGGUUCAACAUUUUCUUCCCUUUUGAGUCUAAUAUACCUGAACAUGGAACAUAACAACUUGAAAACAAUAUCAUCUUAUUUAUUUAGUAACAACAAACAGAGGAUGUCAAUAUCACUGGCAUAUAAUGAGCUCGACUUUCAAAAUAAAGAGUUACAGCAGAAUUCUUGGACAGUUAAACACGUGUCUCCGUUCGCUCACACGUAUAAUCUCAGAAUGCUUAAUUUGAGUCACAAUAAAUUUCGAACAUCUUUUGAAGAUUGGUGGAUUAAUGGACAUGAAAUUUUGGAUAUCAGUAAUAAUUACUUAGAGUUUCUGUGGGGAAAUGGAAGCACAUUGCUAGAUCCAGGGGACUCACCAAGCUAUGAAAAACUUCUCAACAAGCCACUAAAAGAAAUCUGGUUACAAGAUAAUCCAUUGGAAUGUAGAUGCGUAAACUUUCGCUUUGUUGACUUUGUUAAAGAGGUUUCCCAUGCAAAGGUCGUUGAGGAUACCCUGUCUCAUUGCUCUAUUUGGAAGAAAGAAGUUUGCUAUUUAAGAUUCGUAAUUUUUAUGACAGUUUUAACAUCAUCAUUAGCAUUUUUCUCGCUUUUAAUCAUGGCGUAUGUUACAUACAAGGAACAAAUUAACUUAUUUAUAAAGAAGACUCUCUACUACUUUCUCCAUCAAGAUACUAUAAUCGUGGAACAAGAUAAGAACAUUAUUGUAAAGUUUUCCGAGAACGACGAAGAGUUUGUCCUAAAAGAAAUAUUACCCGAAUUAAAAGAGCACAAACAUUACAAUAUACAAGUGAAAUGCAUAAGCAACACAAAUAAUAAAGAAAACUUCAUGAAUCCGUUCAAGGUUGGCACAAAGGAAUCAAACAUUGUAUUGGUAAUAUUUUCGCCAAAUUAUUUAACAUCAGUAUACAGUCACGUGAACAUAAAGAAAAUUCGAGGCGAAAUGUUGAAGAGCAAGAAUACUGUUUAUGUAUUCGCCGAUAUUGGGCCAGAGAACUCGAUAUACGCUUUUCUGAAAGAGCAGCGCGAUCGGCGUUCAACAAUUCUGUGGAAUGAUCCCAAUUUUUGGAGUGUCCUUAUCUACAUGUUGUCAAAUGGCACAUACAAGAGAAAAGUAAGAAUCGCCACGGAAUAUAAUACGCACUCAACGAUCGAUACAUAUUUUACUGCACCCAAAAAUGAAUGGAUAGCAACGAACCCAUUUCUUUUGACAACUCCUGAUAGGACAGACAUCUAUACUUCAAGUACAUUUGCAAACAAUCAAGUUUAAUUAAAUUCUAAUUUAUUUUAGUGAGGUAAAGACUGAAUCCUUCGCUACAAUCAAUAUGAGUCUCACAUUUCGUAGUUUCAGAUCACCAAUUUAGUUUUGAUGUAAUAUAGGUAAUUGUAAAAAACGUGUUUUAGGGUAAUGUAAAACGUAUUAUAUGUAAAAUUUUUACAAAGAUAACUUAGUGUGUAUAAACUGUAAGCUACAAUUUGUGUAAUUUGUUUCGUUUUGGAAUUAUUAUCAUCAUACUACUUAGAUUCCGGUGUCCGUGUUUCUUAUACGUUGGCUUCACCUAUAGGCCCUUACAAAUUAUAAACUGCUUAGACACGGCUUAUACCUUGCUUAUACAAGUAUCAUAUAUUUGACGUGUUUAAGUUCUUUAUAAACAGUGUGUGAAUUGGUAAGAGGCUCAGUAUAUAUCCGGUGUCAAAGAAGUGUUGCCAUUGCUAUGUUAUCGCUAUAUUUAUAUUAAUAGCCAUUCAUUUCUAUUACAUGUAAAUAUAAUAUAAGAAUGUAUUACUUAAACCCAUCUCAGUUUCAAGGAAACUGCAUAUUGUUAAUGAGUUAUAAGCUACAGCUUAAAUAAAACAUAUACUUUACCUAA